AACAGUAAAAAGUUCAAAUUUCAAAUGACAAGACUAAGAAAUUGUCAAAACCACAGAUUUUAUUAAAAGUUGGAACAAGUGAGUUUGUGAGGGUUUCUAACUAAAUAUUAUUAUUUUUUUCUUAACUAAGUGCUAAUCAAACGGAAUGGACAUAUUUAUUUCAAAACAUUCGAGAGGUGAAAAACGCGAACGUGAGUCACCGGAAGCGGAAAUGCAAGCUCCAAAGAAGGGAUGUGAUUCACGGAACGACGAAUUAGUACAAAUCAUUGAAGCUACAAUUAAAAAACUGUUCGAGGAGAAGUUCAGUGUGCUGGCAACAAAGGACGAUAUUUCGGGAAUAGCUGCUCUAGUCAAUGGUCUUAAGCAGGAAAAUAGUCAGCUUAAACAAGAGAUUCAGCGCUUGAAGAAGCUGAAUAAUCAGUUUACUAGUAGGCUGGACGAUUAUGAAGACCGAUCUCGCCGAAAUAAUCUUAUAUUCAGGGGUCUUAAAUUCAAGAGUGACAUGGACUGUCGUGUUACAGUGAAGAAAUUCUGCUCAGACGUACUUGGAUGCGACAGGCAAGUGCAGGUGAACAGAGCUCAUACUCUUGGCCCAAAAAAAGACAAUGCCCCUAUAAUCACUCACAUUCCCUCCGACCAGGAUUUGGAAAAUAUAUUAAAAAAUGUGAACAAGUUGAAGGGUACCGGGUUCAGUGUCCAAAAAGACUUUUCUGUGGCAACUAGAAGAAAAAGAAGCAAGCUACUUUUUUUGAAAAAGGAACUACUGAGCAUCUCAAGUCAAUUGAAGUGUUUCCUGAGAGGCGAUCAACUAUGGGUGGAAGGGCGGUCAUUCUGGCAACAUAAACGAUACUUACCCACAGGUGACAGAAAUUUUGUAUUAUAAUAUUUGUG